AUGACCGGUUGGGUCUCAAGUGCGGGUGAAGAUAAGAUUCACCUAUAUGCAGAUGAUACCCUGGUAUACCUCGGGGACAGAGGACAGUCCUUAGCAGAGCUUAUUAACCUGACUGAGAGGUUUGGGAAAGUCUCAGGGUUGAGAGUAAAUCCCUCGAAAUCCACACUAUUCUUGGUGGACCCCCCAACUGCUGUUGAGGAUUUCACCAAUUGCCCCCUACAGCUAUCGGAUAAGUUUACGUACCUAGGUGUGGAAAUUGCACUACCGAUAUCAAGUUACUGCGAACUGAAUGUCAUCCCUCUUUUAGCCUGGGUGGACGGGAAGCUGAACGCAUGGGAGGCCCUUCCUCUUGGCCCAGUUGGCAGAAUUCAACUGAUCAAAAUGUUUAUACAACCUAAGCUAAUGUAUGCGCUGUGGCAUGCUCCACUGCCUCUCCCCCUUAGUAUCUUCACUAAAUUAGACAUGAAAAUGAGAAAAUUCAUUUGGGGGAACGGCAGGAGCCGGCUAAGUAUGUUAACACUAAAAAGACCGGUUAAAGCAGGAGGGAUGGCUCUGCCUGACUUUCAGGCCCUUUAUCUUGCUUUGCAGAUCUCACAUCUGACAGCUCUCAAACCGAAUGGCCCUUGCUCGGCCUUGUUCAAGACGCCCCCUCCACCAUAUAAUGCUCCAGACCUUCAAGGGAAUCAAAACAGACCAACUGCAGACCCAGCCGAAUGCCAGUAUGUUUUGUCAGCUCUGAACAGAGACUUUCGCCCUGUUUGCUAUGAAGAGCCUUUGCACUGGUGUUCUGUUGCUUAUUAUGAACUGAAUAACCGAGUAGGGGAGACGUUCCAAGCCUCCUCACGCAGCGUCCUCAUUGACGGAUUCACAGACCCCUCCAAUAACAAGAACAGAUUCUGCUUAGGGCUUCUCUCAAACGUCAACCGCAACUCCACUAUUGAAAACACCCGCAGGCAUAUCGGAAAAGGGGUCCAUCUUUACUACGUGGGUGGAGAGGUGUACGCAGAAUGUGUGAGCGACAGCAGCAUUUUCGUACAGAGUCGCAACUGCAAUUACCAGCAUGGCUUCCAUCCUUCCACUGUCUGCAUGAUCCCCAGCGGCUGCAGCCUCAAGAUAUUUAAUAACCAACUAUUUGCCCAGCUUCUUUCCCAGUCCGUUAACCAAGGCUUCGAGGUGGUUUAUGAACUGACGAAAAUGUGCACCAUUCGAAUGAGCUUUGUUAAAGGAUGGGGAGCAGAAUACCACCGACAGGAUGUAACUAGCACCCCCUGCUGGAUUGAAAUCCAUUUACAUGGGCCUCUCCAGUGGCUGGACAAGGUUCUGACGCAGAUGGGCUCACCGCAUAAUCCAAUCUCUUCUGUAUCGUAAACGCUCCACAGCCACAUAUCAUAGGCAAUAGCAUAACUGGUACUAUCUGCCCUUAUAUAAAAGAGCACUUCAUGCCAGUCACAAGGCUCCAUAACCUUUACUCUGUUCAGGGAUUGGAUAUAUUCCACCCCCUAUCACACCACUCUUAUAUAAACCACUUCCCUGUUCCUUUUCGUGGCAGUGGUUACAAGUCCACGCAGUCCAGGAAACAGACCGAACUUUGGGUUACAAAAGGAAUUGAGCUCAAUGACAAGGGAUGAGGAUUGGAUCAGGGAUAGGUGUAUAGUAGAAUGGGGCGUGGCUAAGCAUUCUUUCUUUAGAUUUUGUUUUUUAAUGGGUUACCAUUAUACUUAGUUACAUUACACUAGGAGCCCAGCUGAAAGAGGGCUAAGCACCCAGUACUAUGGCUGCUCGUGUUUUCUGAUGGUUGGCCUGCCAUAAAAAAAUAAUUUCCAAAUACACUUCUUCGACACUCUUGUCAAUUUUCCCAUUGACCCUUUAUAUCUGAAUUAGUAAUGUGGGGGCCGGUCCGUUACCUGUCGGUUUGGGCCGACCUCACACUCUUCUUCGCGGGCGGCGACCGCCGUCAAAUGCCAGUUUCCAACUUCCGGGUUCGUCUUUUAUAGACGCUGCACCUGCUCACCCCGCCCCUUUUGUGACAUCAUCGACGGGGCGGCGGGUCUAUAAAGGCAACCCGGAAGUCGGAUGCGGGUUAAGGUCGGGAAAUCUUGCCCCGCACUAUCAGUACAAUCUGAAUACAGUAUGUCCUGAAACUUAAAUGGAACUCUGUGAUUACCCUCUAGUUGUCUGGUAUGAAGGGCUGUAUAUAUUUCUAUAAACGAGUGAUAUACUGUCCUGUUUCGCUUUGCCGAGAAAUUUGCGAAAAUGCCGAAAAUAUUUGCACAACGGCAAAAAAUUUUCAAAACAGGCAACAAUUUUUACACGCACAACUCUUUUGUCCAAAUGCAUUAAAGUCAAUGGGCGUCUGAAUAAUUUUGACGAUAAUUUUUUUGUCGUGGCGAAUUUUCUCUGCAGUUUCGUGAAGACAUUUGCCGUUGGCGAAAUCCAUAAAAUUCGCCCAUCACUAGUAAUAACUGCAUUCCAUGGGCUGGAACAUGCAUCCUGGGAUUAGGAAUAAAUUAAGUGAUAGGGGCCCGACCCUUAUCCUUAGAAUUUGCUGCAAUGCAAAAGCCGAUAUCCAAUCAAAGGGGCAGAACCCAUGUAUCUUAUAUAUUAAAGAGCCCAGUCAUCUAUAAGCCCUUACCAUUGCCAUUUUUGUCAGCCGGUAGCCAUUUGCCAUGUACAUACAUGCAUUUCAUUAAUGUGUUUUUAGUAUCAUGAUUAGAUGUUGAUGUCUUUUUUUUUAUAUAUUGUACAUACUGUUUCUAUGGAGAGAGCACUUCACAAGUACUGACUAUAAGAAUAAGAGCAGAACCGCUUCUCAGACGGAGCAACAACGUAAUCCGGCUCCAUGCACUUAUACACGGUACUUUUUUGGACAAUUUUUGAUUUUUUUUUAAGAAUUAUUUAAAUUAUUUUUAGAUUAUUCCUUACCGCCAGUCCCUCUAUUGCUCUAUAUUGCAUUGUAAGGGUAAAGAUUUUUAUAUCUGUUUUUUUGUAUAGUGAACUAGAGUUUAAGAUUUACGUUCCGACUUAUAUAUAUCUUGCUGCUUGAGCAUCUGCCAGCUCUUUGAUUCACACCCGGCCUCUCUGGUGACUCACUUAAUUAUAAUGUUAACUAGAUUUGUGUAAAGCUGAAUAAAGAACAGAGAGUACCAGCACGUCCUCUGCCCCCGAUAUUGAACGGACAGUUGGUUCUGAUUGGGUUUCUUUACAGCAUUAUAUAUAUAUAUAUAUAUAUAUUGAUAUCUAGUGUUCCUGGCCAAGUAGUCCCUGUAUCUCAUCACCUGCUUCUAGUGUGUCAGCUGUGUGGGAUAUACUGUAAUAUCUAAGCUAUACCCUGUCUGGUGUUGAAUGCACUGCAUCAAUCAGCUAAUAAAGAAGUAAGAUACAA